AUGCAUUCCUCAUUACACGCAAUAUUUCUCUUGGCUUUGGUCACAUUAGCACUUGCUGCUCCAAGAAAUGCACCAAUCCAAAAACGAGGCGUCUUCAAGGUUGAGCGAGUCCCAAAUCCAAACUUCAAAAGAUCCCCAGGAGCUGGAACUAGAGCCUUGAUCAAGGCACACCGAAAGUACAGCGUUCCUUUACCAGAAGGACUUGUUGCUGCUAUGAACGCAGCAAAUGCCGCCAACGCAGCGAGCGCACCAAAGUCGAACUCCGCGUUGACCGGCGAGACAGCCAAAAAGGGCGCCAAGGGAAAUGCAAAGGCAUCUGGAACCGCAGUGGCUGCAGCUCCAUUGGCUUCUGCAAGUGGAGGUGUCGCUGCUAAGGCCAACGGAACCGCAGGUACAGGAAAGGUCACAGCAACUCCAAUCAAUGGAGAUGUAGAGUAUCUAUCUCCAGUCAACAUUGGUGGACAGACUCUCAACCUCGACUUUGACAGUGGAUCAUCCGAUCUCUGGGUCUUCAACUCUCAACUCUCAACCGCAUCCCAAACCGGCCACACCGUCUUCAACGUCGCCAAAUCGCAAACCCUCCAAAUGAUGACCGGAGCCACCUACUCCAUCUCCUACGGAGACGGAUCCGGAUCAGCAGGAAACGUCGGCACUGACACCGUCAACAUCGGCGGUGCAACAGUUACCUCGCAAGCCAUCGAACUCGCCACCGCCGUCUCAGCCUCCUUCGUCGAAGACACCGCCUCCAACGGCCUCGUCGGUCUCGCCUUCUCCAAACUCAACACCGUGAAACCCACCCAGCAAAAGACCUUCUUCGACAACGCCAUGCCCAACCUCGCCGAGCCCGUCUUCACCGCCGAUCUCCGCUCCAACGCCGUCGGCGCCUACGAGUUCGGCGCUAUCGAUACGUCCAAGUUCAACGGUACCAUGCAAUGGGCUGCUGUCAACACCACGAAUGGAUUCUGGCAGUUCUCAUCUGAGAAAUUCCAGGUUGGCGAUGCGACGCCCAUGGCUGUUCCAGGUGGUCAGGCUAUCGCUGAUACCGGAACUACUCUUAUGCUUACCAGUGCUGCUGUCGUCAACGCCUACUACGCGAACGUGCAGGGUGCAGUUAACGAUCAGCAAGUCGGUGGUGUGACAUUCCCAUGUAAUUCUCAACUUCCUGAUUUGCAAUUCGAUGUUGGAGGAUCGUUCAUGGCGAAUGUCAAGGGUUCUGAUAUCAACUUCGCUCCUGUUGAUAAUGCUGGUACUACUUGCUUCGGUGGUGUCCAAGCUAUCCAGUCCAACCUCCAAAUCUACGGAGACAUCAUGUUUAAAUCUCAGUUCGUCGCUUUCAAUGGCGGGAACAACUCUAUUGGGAUGGCUCCUCACCAGUAG